UCGACGUCGGCGCAUCACAAGCAAUUGGUAAAAUGCGACCCAUUAUCAAUAUCCUGUUCCUACAUUAGAUCAGAUACAAAGUAGCGCGAUACCGAACUUUGAACCAACACAACCCAAUUAUUAAGUCACAGUACUUCUCUAUCUAGAUACCUAACGUAUGGUAAUCCUUUGCGAUUAAUUAUUACAAUAAACCAAGACCAACAUGUCGCGGCCAGAGGACACACUGUCCGCCGACGUCCACUACAAUGAUUCCGAAGCGCGCAAAUACACAACGUCUUCCCGAAUACAGAAUAUCCAGGCAUCUAUGACACAUCGAGCUCUCGAGCUUCUCGACCUAUCCUCACCCUCUUUCAUCCUCGAUGUCGGCUGUGGAAGCGGCCUAUCGGGCGAGAUCCUCUCCUCGAUACCCCCCGAAGAAGGCGGUCCACACGUAUGGGUAGGCAUGGAUGUGUCAGCUUCUAUGUUGGAUGUUGCGCUACAGCGGGAUGUGGAAGGCGAUCUACUACUAGCCGAUAUUGGGCAAGGGGUUCCCUUCCGAGCCGGCACGUUCGACGCGGCUAUCAGUAUCAGCGCGAUACAAUGGCUAUGCAAUGCCGAAAGCAGCGACGUAUCCCCCGCGGGACGCCUGUCAAGGUUUUUCAAUGGUCUAUACGCAAGCUUGAAGAGGGGUGGGCGAGCUGUGUGUCAGUUCUACCCGAAGAACGACGAGCAGAAAAAGAUGAUCACGAGCGCGGCGGUAAGGGCUGGCUUCGGUGCUGGUUUAUUAGAAGAUGACCCGGAGACCAAGAAUGUCAAGGUCUACUUGGUACUUACAGUAGGCGGUGGUAAUCUCGACGGGAAUGGAGGCGACAUCACUGGGGUAAUCAAGGGCAUGGAGGGCGUUGAUGUGUUGGACUCAAGACACGGUAGCCGCAAUGGUAAGGGUGAGAUUAAAAAGGGGAGCAAGGCGUGGAUUAUCAAGAAGAAGGAACAGAUGGAACGAAAAGGAAAAGUUGUCAAGGCUACAUCCAAGUACACGGGACGAAAGAGACGGAUUGCUUUCUAAGUUCAAAACGAUAUCCUUUGUGCAUUGCGCGGCGUAUGGGAGUUAUAUUACCUUGGGUUGGUCAAGAAUUAAAAUCUAUUUCUAUUUCUGUGGAUCAUUUCUGGUGCUUCUAUGAGAACAAGUCUUUGGUCGAUAUUUUCUGUAUCGCUAGCCACGCCCCUUUUAUAUUGGCCUAAACGAUCUUCUUCUAGGAAAAGGGGUUUAAUUUAAGCUCAUAUGCUAAUAUACCCAGGUACCUAGGUACUCUAUGAUGCAAGGUAAUACAGCUUUGAGUUACACCCCAACACUCUCUUUUGAAGCCCCUUUAGUACCAUUUUACGUUAAUUUCAUAGAUCAUUUAUGCUCUUAAUAAUAGUAAUUAAGUGUGACAAUUGGGAAGUCUAGCUCAUAUAGGCAUAUUAGUCUCUGCACACGAAAUAUCC